AUGGCGUUCAUCGACGAUGAUGAAGAGGAAGACUCUAUUCCUCAAUCAGCCUCCAAUUACUAUUUCGAAGAUGACGAUAAGGACCCUGUCUCCUUCGCCUCUCUGCCGAUUCAAUGGAGCGACAAGGAGAAAGUGGACGGAAGUGGAGCUGGUUUGUACUUGCGAGGAACCUCUGACGAUGGUCUUUUGCCUCUGCACAAGCUUGUUAAGGCUUGGAGGUUCGAUCUUUCCAACUUCAGACCUGAGAUCUCUGUUCUCACGAAGGAUAAUGUCUGGAUUAAGCUUGAAAAGCCGAGAAGAAGCUACGAGGAUUUGAUUAGGACUGUUCUGGUGACUGUGCACUCCCUUCACUUUCUUGGGAGGAAACCGGAAGCUUCUGAUAGAUCUCUAUGGGACCAUUUGUCCAAGAUUUUCAAGGCGUAUGACGUGAAGCCAUCACAGAAUGAUUUGGUUGAUCACAUUGAUUUAAUCGCUGAAGCUGUUAAAAGAGAUGGAAAAUUGUCAAAAUCCAAGUUUAUACCUGCAUUUCUCGCAAAGAAGCCUACCAAAAAGAGAUUACUUGAUGAGGAAAACCCAAAGGAUGAUUUCAUAGUUGAAGAUGACUCAGCUGUAGCUUCCAAUGAAGAUGCAUUGGAUGAUGAAGAAGACGAUGAUGACUUUUUUGAGUCUGUUUGUGCAAUUUGUGACAAUGGUGGCGAUCUUUUGUGUUGUGAAGGAAGCUGCCUGAGAUCAUUCCACGCUACCAAAUUGGAUGGUGGUGUAGAGUCACAUUGCGAUUCUCUUGGCAUGACGAAGAUGCAAGUGGAAGCGAUUCAGAAAUACUAUUGCCCAAACUGUGAGCAGAAGAUGCAUAGUUGUUUUAUUUGCAAGAAGCUUGGUUCCUCUGAUAACUCUAAUGGCGCAGCAGAGGUUUUCCAAUGCGUGUCAGCCACCUGUGGGUACUUUUACCAUCCUCGUUGUGUCUCUAAACGACUACAUUUAGGAAAUAAAGAAGAGGCUGAAGCACUAGAGAGACAAAUCAUUGCGGGAGAGUUUACGUGCCCAUUGCACAAAUGCAGUGUGUGUAAAAACGGAGAAGUUAAGACUGACCCUGACUUGCAAUUUGCUGUAUGCCGGCGUUGUCCAAAGUCCUACCAUAGAAAAUGCCUCCCACGGGAGAUUUCUUUUGAAGAUAUUGAGGACGAGGAUAUAUUUAUACGUGCAUGGGAUGAGCUCUUGAACAACCGUGUACUCAUAUAUUGCCUAGAGCAUGAGAUAGAUGAAGAGCUCAUGACACCAGUUAGAGACCAUGUUGAAUUUCCUAUUAGCGAGGAGGAGAAGAGAAGAAAGAUCGAAAGAGAGAGAAGAUUGAUGCUGGAAAGAGAGAGAAGAAAGACAGUGGAAUCACAAGUGGGAAGAGCCAAAGCGAGACAUACGUUUAAAGAUCUUGCCUCACGAGAUACAUGUGGAAAAGCUUCUGUAAAAUCAUUUAGAAGUCCGUUUCCUUCUAAAGAAGGUGUCUCAACAAAGAAGCAUGGAUUAGUUUCGUCUGUACCUGAUCAUAUGAGGAAACGAAAGGAAGUUGAUCCAUUCAGAAAGUCGAACUUGGUUCGAAACAAAUUCCAGAAGACGAUGGAAUAUGGACAGUCUCGUGAAGCUGGCAAGAAGAAAGUGGAAGUGAAUGAAGCACGGGAUGCGGAGCAAAGCAAGGUCUCACUGGGCGAGGGGUUAUUUAAUUACAUGCAUGAUUCUAACAUAGUAAAAUCUGGGCGCGUGGUUCAAGUCGACAGCAAAGACAAGAAGACCGACUCAGUCUCCUCCAAGGAGCCAGGAAGUGAAAUACCUAAAUUAGACACUGAUUCUCAAAGGAGGCUCUUGGCGAUAAUGAAAAAAGCUAAGGAAGAAAUCACUAUGGAUACGAUAUUAGAGAAAUACAAAGGUCCAUCUACGUAUAGAAGCUCUGCAAUGACUGUUCUGAGCAAGACGAUCACUAUGGGGAAGGUAGAGGGCUCAGUUCAGGCUGUCAGAACAGCACUGAAAAAGCUUAAGGAAGGAGGAAGUAUUGAGGAUGCAAAAGCAGUUUGCGAGCCAGAGGUUCUGAGCCAAAUCUUCAAGUGGAAGGAUAAGUUCAAAGUUUAUCUUGCUCCCUUUCUCCAUGGUGCACGCUAUUCCUCCUUCGGUCGUCAUUUUACUAAGCCCGACAAACUUCAACAGAUUGUAGAUAGGCUCCACUGGUACGCAGAAGAUGGUGAUAUGAUUGUCGACUUUUGUUGUGGUGCUAAUGACUUUAGCUGGCUGAUGAAAGCGAAGCUUGAAGAAACGGGCAAGAAGUGUUCAUUUAAAAAUUACGAUCUUUUUCAAGCAAAGAAUGAUUUUUGUUUUGAGAAAAGAGAUUGGCUGACUGUAUGCAAAGAGGAGUUGCCACCAGGUCGAAGGCUGAUUAUGGGUCUAAAUCCGCCAUUUGGGUUCAAUGCUUCUCUUGCAAACGCCUUUGUUGCUAAGGCUCUUGAAUUUCUCCCAAAGAUUCUUAUCCUCAUAGUUCCUCCCGAGACUGACAGGUUAGAUACAAAGAGGUCAUCUUAUGUGUGUAUAUGGGAAGAUGAGGAGAUAGUAUCCGGAAAGUCCUUUUACCUGCCUGGAUCUGUCAAUAACGAAGACAAACAAUUAGAAGAAAGCUGGAAUGUAGUUUCACCACCGCUCUCUCUCUGGAGUCAUCCCGACUUUGCAGCCAAGCACAAGGAAAUAGCGGAAAUGCAUAACCAUUUGCCUAGGGAUGUGGGAAAUUUAGAAUUGAAGAAAAUGGAUGAAGAAGCAAGUGCAUCUUUGCAUUCACUUGGAGCUUCUGAUGGCAUAUGUGAAGAUAAUUCGACAUUGAGAGAUAGUCCCUUUGAAAAUGGUGAGAAUUCCAGAUCGGAAAAAGAAGAAGUUCCUAUGGAAAUGGAUGAACUGGAGGUAGCUGGUUGUGUUAAUAACAUUCUACUCUCUGAGAAUAUUGAAGCACGGGAAACUGCAGCAUAUGUUAAUCAUCAGUCAGAUCACUUGUCAAGGAGAAAUCAUCUGGAAAAGGAGAGAGAUACCGGAGACAACUCCGGUAGGAUGCUUGGGAAGUCGGUCGAUUGGAAGAGAAAUGAGAUGGAAGGGGACCGAAGAGAGUUGAAUAGAAGAUCAGAGAGCAUCGAAAUCCCGGAGAUGACGACAUCUGAUCGGCAGAGUCCUGUGAGGUCUUCGUCAGAUGAUAUAUAUGCUGUCUGCACAUCAAUUUCUAAUGUGUCACCACAAAGAUCUCACGAGCCUGUAGAAGCAUCUCUGCCUGCAUUAACAAGGACAAAAGGUAAAUUGGUAAAGGAUAUUAGAGAACCUGAGAGUAAAGUGCAGGCCAUUAGAAAACCUGAAGAGUUGCGAAAUCGGCCGUCUAGCUCCGCAAGAUCUUCUAGAGAGGACAGCUACACUGUUCGUCCAUCAACAGCAAAUAGGUGUGGGAAACCAUAUGAAGCUUUUGAACGUGCAAGUUUAUCCCAUUUCGAUGAUGGUCUUGCUGCCAAGUAUUGUUUGGGUGGAGACCACUACAGAAUGCCGGACCCUCCAUUGAUGCAGGAUCAGUUUCCAUUGGCACCACCUAUGAGGAAUGAUCCUAACGAGAUGUUUGAUUACCGAGGAUACCCUGAUCUAAAUAGAGGGCUUGGUCCUGAAGUGUAUCCGCAGCAGUACGGUGGGCACUUGGGUCCCAUGUUAGCACCUCCUCCUCCAAAUCUGAUGGACAAUGCAGUACCCUUCCAACAACGUUAUGCUCAUUUUGAUGAAAUGAACUACCAGAGAAUGGGCUCUUUCCCACCUCAGGCUCCAAUGCAACAUAGUGGGCACAACUUCUAUGAUCCUCAUGGCUUUCCGCAGCAACCACCACCACCACCUGGAGACUAUGGGAUGGGUCCAAUGGGGUUUGCCCCUGGCCCCAACUACCCUUAUAUUGGUAGAUCUGGCGGUUGGCUUAACGACUAG